AUGCCUGUCUCCCUGAAACUCCAAAAGCGCCUUGCGGCCGACGUCUUGAAGUGCGGAAAGCGCAAGAUCUGGCUCGACCCCAAUGAAAUCCAAGAAAUCGCUCUUGCCAAUUCCAGACGCAACAUUGCCCGUCUUCACCGUGAUGGUUUGAUCAUCAAGAAGCCCGCAGUUGUCCACUCCCGCGCUCGCGUCACAUUGAGAAAUGAAGCCAAGCGAAAGGGUCGUCACACUGGUAUUGGUAAGCGUCGUGGUACCGCCAACGCUCGUCUUCCACUCAAGGUCUUGUGGAUGCGCCGCACCCGUGUCCUUCGUCGUUUGUUGCGAAAGAUGAGAGAUGCCAAGAAGAUUGACAAGCACAUUUACCACUCUCUUUACAUGCUCUCCAAGGGUAACCAAUUCAAGAACAAGACUGUUCUUCUAGAGAAGAUCCACGAACUCAAGGGACUCGUUGUUAAGGAGAAGGCUCUUUCCGAACAAGCAGAUGCCCGUAAGGGACGUGCCCAGGCUCGUCUUGAGCGAAGAGCUGCACGAGAGGCCAAGAAGGCUGCCGAUGCUGAAGCCGCUGCCUCAUCUUAA